AUGACCCGCGCCGAACCAAGGCCACCGCCCUCAGCUCUCAAGUACUCAGGGUAUGGGGUGCCGAUUCCCACAAAGACUCAAAAUGCGAGCAUAGGAGGUGUUUACAGAAACCAAGAAGAUGACUUCCUUCUUGGUUAUGCUGAACAUAUUGGGAAGGCGACCAGCUCAGUAGCAGAACUAGUUGCGGCUAAGCGAGGCCUUGAACUUGCUCUUGAGAACAAAUGGUUGGACCUAUGGAUCGAAGGUGAUGCGAAAGAUGUCAUUAAUGUUCUUCUUAAUAGGGUUGUGUUGAAAUCAAAGGAGGAUGCAAAGCAUGCAAUAGAUAUAAAUGAGAUGGUUACUAUGUUCAGAAGGUUCAAUGCAUCUCACGUCUAUAGGAAAGCGAACAAGGUGGCUGACAAAUUUGCCAAGAUGGGUUACAAAAUGAACAAACCUAGAAUUUGGAAACAUGGUCCACCUAACGAAGUCUUGCGUCUCCUUUAUGGAGAUUCUAAGGGAACAGAAUUCCAUGCAAGAAAUAACUCAGUUAAAUAG